AUGCAGAAGAAGAAAUGUUAAUAGAAUUAGAAACUGAGCUGCUAAACAAUUCUACAAAGAAAGAUAAAACUACAAACACCAACUGGAAAACAAAAACAUUUAACAAUAUAGCAGCUCAUUAUCCACUUAAAAAAG